AUGGCAAAUAUUGCUAGAUUCACCACCGUGCUCAUACCCAAAAAAUUUCUGGAAACAUUGUUUCUGGAAUUUCUGUCAGUUCGAGAAAUUCUUGUUGAAAUCCAUUUUGUGUGUGCCCUGUACGUUACACCUAUAAACUAUAAGCACCAAGAGUGGCAGGGUGGAGGUUCAAUGAAAAUGACUGCAACAGAAAAUUCUCAGUCUUCAUCAUUUUCUUCUAAUGCCCUGAAUUAUCAAUUUAAAGAUCCUGAUAAACAUCUCUCAAGUCACGGGGAUGAGGCAAAAAAUAGGGAGACCACUGAUGAAGUUAGAGAGAUACUGGAAGUCAUUGCAACCACUGGAAAGUUUUGGCAUGACUGGUACUCAUUGAAGAGUGUGCUAUCUUUUCAGCUGAAGCAGGUCUUAUCUGAGUAUCCAGAAGCAAAGAUGGCCAAUGAUCAACAGAGUUCCUUGUUGGGAGAAACACAUGCAGAGUUGGUAAAAAGGUUGGAUGGAGCUCUCCAUAGGUUUAUAGAAGGUCCUCCAUUCACCCUUCAGAGGCUCUGUGAGAUUCUCCUUGCUGCAUGGAGCAUAUAUCCGAACCUGUCAAAGCUUGCUCUUGCUUUAGAAAAGAAUUUGUCGGUGACCUCAACUCUAUCCAGGGCCACUGAUCCAUGCCCAUCGAUGAAACAAAUGCUGAGUGAACCUGCCAAUGGGAAUCAAGAUCCCCAAGGUCUCUCCAAUCCGAUCCAAAAUGGGGUUGAAGGUAUGGCAGGUGAUGGGGAUGAAGAAAUGGUAGAGGCAGAGGCAGGGGAGGUUGAGGAAGGUAACAAGGACAUUAAUAUGGAGACCACCAGCAAAAUAACUGAUGGAACACAAGAAACAAGAUCUGAUGGAAGCACCAAUUUUGAGCUUUCUACUGACUCCUCUCCUUCAAUUGAACAGCGUAACUCUGUUGGCUCAUAG